GGGUGGGGGCUCAAGUGGAUGCUGACCAUGACCGAGGAGCAGGAGAAGGUGGCGCCGGGGCGGGGUGGGGGGGUGGUGGUGGGGGGGGGUCUGGUGGUGUGCGGCAGUCCGGGCUGCAGCGGGUCUGAGAGCGAGUCGGUGGGCUCUCCGGGCUCCAUGUCGGACAGCGAGGCCCCGCACACCGAGUCCGAGGACGGCACCGGGAGGGGCUCGGGCUCCUUCCCCGACCGCAAGCAGCUGCCGCCGGGGGACGAGGACGAAGAAGAGGAAGAGGGAGGGGAAGAGGAGGAGGAGGAGGAGGAGGAGGACGAGCGCUUCCCCGCCUGUAUCCGAGAGGCGGUCAGUCAGGUGCUGAAGGGCUAUGACUGGACUCUGGUCCCAAUGCCCGUGAGGAUCAACGGCUCCUCCAAAAACAAACCCCACGUCAAGCGGCCCAUGAACGCCUUCAUGGUGUGGGCUCAGGCCGCGCGCCGCAAACUGGCGGAUCAGUACCCGCACCUCCACAACGCGGAGCUCAGCAAAACCCUCGGAAAACUGUGGCGUUUGCUGAACGAGAGCGAGAAGAGACCUUUUGUGGAGGAGGCCGAGCGCUUGCGAGUGCAGCACAAGAAAGAUCACCCCGAUUACAAGUACCAGCCCCGCAGGAGAAAGAGCGUGAAGAACGGACAAGCCGAGUCCGAGGCCAGCCCCGAUCAGGGCCACGUGUCUGGGAGUCAGCUCUUUAAAAGUAUCCAUCCCUCGGACAACCUCCUGGGGGCCGGAGUUAUCUCGGAGGGGCACCAUCCCAGCGAGCACACAGGUCACAACCAAGGGCCCCCGACACCUCCCACCACCCCCAAAACAGACCUGCACACGGCCAAGCAGGAGCUGAAGCGAGAGGGGCGCCCCCUGGUGGAGAACGGCCGGCAGAACAUCGACUUCAGCAACGUGGACAUCAGCGAGCUCAGCAGUGAGGUCAUCAGCAACAUCGAGACCUUCGACGUGCACGAGUUCGACCAGUACUUGCCGCUGAACGGGCACGGGGGUCUCCCAGGCGACCACGCUCACGCUCACCCUCACUCUCACGGCCACCUGCAGAACUCCACCGGCUCCUACAGCGUGUCCUACUCGGCCAACGGGGCGGGAACCCAAGUGGUGUGGAACCACAAGAGCAACUCGUCCUCGUCCUCCUCCUCAUCGGUCUCCAGCGAGCCUGGUCAACAGAGGCCGCACAUCAAAACCGAGCAGCUGAGCCCCAGCCACUACAGCGAGCAGCAGCACGGACCCCAAUCCGAUUACAGUUCCUUCAGCAACCAGAGUUGCAGCUCCGCAACCGCAGUUUUCUCAGGCCCUCAGUGUGACUAUUCAGACAUCCAAGGCACCAAUUAUUACAACCCUUACCCCGGCUACCCUUCCGGUAUCUACCAGUACCCGUAUUUCCAUCCUUCCCGGCGCUCCUAUGCCUCGCCCAUCCUGAAUCCUCUGUCCAUCCCGCCGUCUCACAGCCCGACUAAUUGGGAACAGCCAGUCUACACAACCCUCACCAGGCCUUAAAAAGGUCCUCACAAAAACGCCUGGGGAUUAACAAAGCCAAUUAGAAACGACAACAAAAAAAAAGCACACUUGCGUUGGGGUUGGGGGUGGGGGAGAGAACAAGAACUUGGAUCUCAAGAGGGACUUGAGACUUGACCAGUCUUCCAUGGCAAUAUGCACUAAUGAAGGACUGAAAAAAAAGUGGAGCACUGUGUCAUUCAUUCCAGUUUUAAGUGCCUGCUGAUCUCCGAAAGGAAGCCAAUUCCUGGCCGACCCAAACCGACUUUCUUUUCAAAGAAAAAGUCGAAAGAAAACACGAAACGUUCUGUCCAGGACUUGAUCUGAGAAGCGAUUUACAGGCAGAUUACAGACCAAAAUAACAAAUAACCUUAACAACAAUCCUCCGUGAGGACCAAGUGAAAUUUGGUUCAAUUCUUCUGCAAAACAUCCCUUUUUUUUAUUUUGUAAAGUUUUUAGACCUAACUUUUCCUGAGUUUGCGAAAGAGAUAUCACGAGUGCGGAGAGAGAGAGAGAGACGAGAGCUUUUUAUGUUGGAGAGAGAGAAAAAAAGUUUUCAAACCAUUUUGUUCCUGAAACUUUGGGGAAGUUGUUCGAAACGUGUAUUUAUCUCAUAUAUUUUGUUUCCAUUUUCUGUUAAUUGCUGGAAUGAUUCCUUCCUUCCUAAAAAAAAGUAGGACUUUUAAACACACUAUCAGAAGUUUGAGAAUUUAAUAGUAUUGAUCAGAAGAGGCCCUAUUGAUUAUUACUGUUUUCAUGGAGAAAGGGGUAAAACAAAGUCCUGGUAUUUGUGGUCAUCACCUAUUCUCCAAAUCAAAGAACGAACAACUUGACUUUUUUUUAUUGAGUAUUCCUUGCUUUGGAAGUCCUUUAUAUCAGGCGUGGGAAACGAUAACACGAUUGAAAGAUAAUAAUAAUUUAGUCACUCAAUCCACGGCUGUUUGUGGGACACC